AUGAUUGCUCUGCUAGCCGCCCAGGAACAACCGGCCACAUCCAUACCGGCAUCUACAGGUGUGAUCCCAACUACAUCUCCCAACGCUCAAUUUGCUAUGCCAAACGGGUUUCCUUAUGGACUGUCACCAUAUUACUCUCCUAAUACUGCAGCUGGCGUUUCUGGUACUGUCAAUAAUGGCCAGAUUCCUGGGACGAACCCUGUCUCUAUCAAUACCACCUUGUCUCAGACAACGGCCACUGUCACUGAGCCCAUUGUGCAUGCCAUAUCUCAAGGUGUUAACAUCAACGCGCAUCGCGGAAGCAUCCCCGAUAGUCUAAUGGAAGAUGCUGCAGAAUGGUAUACCAGCUUAAGCCGAGACGACAUUCACACUUUUGAUGAAUUUGCUGCUGCUUUCAAAAGCCACUAUGGGUUCAACACCAGACUGAAACCAAACAGGGAAUUCCUCAGGUCCCUUUGCCAGAAGAAAGAUGAAAGCUUCCGCGAGUAUGCACAGAGAUGGAGGAGGGCGGCUGCCCGUGUUACUCCUACUCUUAAUGAAGAGGAGAUGACUCAGACAUUCCUGAAGACUCUGAAAAAGGAUUAUGUCGAAAGAAUGAUCAUCGCUGCUCCAAGUGACUUCUCUGAGAUGGUCACCAUGGGAACUCGCUUAGAAGAGGCUGUCAGAGAUGGCAUUAUUGUGUUUGAGGAAGGUGAAUCCUCUGCAAAUGCAUCAAGGAAGUAUGGCAAUGGUCAUCAUAAGAAGAAAGAGACAGAAGUAGGGAUGGUAUCUGCCGGAACCAGUCAAUCCAUGGCUACUGUUGCCCCCAUCAAUGCUGCUCAGCUACCUCCGCCGUAUCAGUACAUGCAAUACUCUCAGCAUCCUUUCUUCCCACCAUUUUAUCACCAGUAUCCGCCAUCGCCGGGUCAACCUCAGGUACCCGUCAAUGCCAUUGCUCAGCAAAUGCAGCAACAGCCGCUGGCUCAACAGCAGCAGCAACAAACCAGACCUACCUUUCCUCCGAUACCAAUGUUGUACGCCGAGCUGCUCCCGACUUUGCUUCUCAAAGGGAACUGCACAACCAGGCAGGGAUGUUACGCUUUGAAGUACAUUGUAAAGAAGCUCAUUGACCAGGGAAAGUUAACUUUUGAGAACAAUGUCCCUCAUGUUCUUGACAAUCCUCUUCCGAAUCACGCUGCUGUGAACAUGAUCGAGACUCAUGAAGAAGUUCCUAGUCUUGACGUCCGUAAUGUUGCAACUCCUCUGAAUGAUAUCCAAAGCCUCAUGAACGACAAUUAUCUGACUGUCAGCGACAUUUGUGUGAUUGUGCCAGUCUUUCAUGAUCCGCCUGCCAGGAGUAUGCCUCCAAAAGGGAGUAUCGAGCCUCUAGUGAUAAGACUGCCCGGACCAGUACCUUACACUUCUACAAAGGCUAUUCCUUACAAGUACAAUGCCACCAUGAUUGAAAAUGGAGUAGAGGUACCCCUGGCGUCCUCAACCGUGAUAAGCAACAUUGCCGAGGAGACUACAACCCUGAGGAGUGGAAAAGUCCACCCGCCGCUGUUCCCAAAGAAGACCGCUAUACCUACCGCUAUACCCAGUGAUAAAGUGCCUCCACCAGAUGUUUCCCGGCCAGGCCAGUCUAUCGAGGAUUCCAACUUAGAUGAGAUUUUGAGGUUAAUCAAGAGAAGUGACUACAUGAUCGUGGAUCAGCUGUUACAAACUCCGUCAAAGAUAUCCAUCUUGUCUUUACUUCUGAGUUCCGCGGCUCACAGAAACACCCUCUUGAAAGUACUAGAACAAGCCUAUGUGGACCACGAGGUCACUGUGGACCACUUCGGCAGCAUAGUGGGGAAUAUCACUGCUUGCAAUAAUCUGUGGUUUGGCGAGAAUGAGCUUCCUGAAGCAGGGAAAUACCAUAAUCUGGCUCUACACAUCUCUAUGAAUUGCAAAUCUGACAUGCUAUCUGUGACUAUCCCAAACUCCACCCUGCUCAAGUACACAUAUUCUUAG